UCACUCAGUGCUGCCUUGGAAUCCAAUACCUUCCUGCGAAGUCUUUGUCUCUUCAUCCUGUUGCCCUCUUUUUAUAUGCGUUGUUGCAAAAGCUAAAUACUCAGUUCCUGUUAUGUAUCAAUCGACAACCUGUUUGAAUUCCAAAAAGCUUCUGCUGUAGCAAAAAAGGAGAAGUUUGGUUCUUCAUAAAUGCAGGACAGAUACAUGGAUCAACAGCAACAAGGUGAUAAGAAUCUGACAGUGUUCAUUGGACCCUGGGGAGGAAAUGGAGGAACCGUUUGGGAUGACGGGAUCUAUUAUGGUGUCCGUGAGAUCAAACUUGUUUAUGAUCACUGCAUUGACUCCAUCACUCUGGUCUACGAUAAGAAUGGUAAAGCUGUGAGAUCAGAGAAGCAUGGAGGUCAGGGAGGCAACAAAACAACAGAGAUAAAGCUGCAAUACCCAGAAGAGUAUCUGAUUGGCGUGAGUGGUUACUACAGUCCAGUAGUACACAGUGGCACUCCUGUGAUCAGAUCAAUGACCUUCAAGAGCAAUAAACAAGUGUAUGGACCUUAUGGAGUUGAUCAAGGAACACCUUUCACUUUCUCAGUUAACGGAGGACGCAUUGUUGGCAUGAACGGUAGAAGCGGCUGGUACCUUGACUCCAUCGGCUUCCAUCUCUCACGCCCUAAAUCAACCAAGAUGAUCAACAAGCUUCGAAAGAAGAUUCACUGGCUCAUAAGAAUGGUUGCAUGACAAGGCCC